AGUCGCUUCUCUCUUAUUGUUAUAGCCUCGUUGCUGCUAGCUAUAUUGCUGCUGCUGCUAUUGCUGUGCCUGUUGCCGCCGCUGUCGCUGCUGCUGCUGCUGUCGCGCCGCUUUGAGUUGCGUCAAGACUCUCAACAAGAUCCAUCCAUAGAGUGGCUACUCAAAAAAAGAAUAAAUAAAGUAUCUGCGAUAAUUAUUCGCUUAUGAUCUUUCAUUCUUUUCGGUGUUUCUUCUAUUUUUCAUUUAUUUUUUUUUUUUUAUUUUCUUGUGAAUGGAAAAAGAUGAGUGUUAACGUACGGUGCCAUUUGUAAUCUUCUUUUUUUAACAAAAGAUUACUGAAUUCCAAUACUUAAAUUUAUAUUUAUUUAAAAGCAACAAAAAAGGUUCCUCUUUUUGUGGAGUGUACUAGUGUGUGUCGUUGUGGUGGCUCUUCCUCUUUUGUUUGCAUUUUGUAUCGGGAAAAGUUUUUUUUUUUUUUUAUUUCUUAUUUUUCAAAUAAGACUGAUAACGCUAGGUCGGUUUAAAAGCGCCACACCAGAAUAGAUACGCCGGCAGUUCAAUUACUGAAACGACAUUAAAAGCUACCGCGAGAGAAUAAUUUCGUGAAAAAAAAAACGGUGAUCUAUUGCAUUUCGGAAUUUUUUUGAAAAAAGCUUCAAAAUUUUACCUACACAGUCGAAAACGAUGGUCAAAAAUAGGAGAUACGAAGGAGAAUCCUUGUUUGGAACGAGGCAUUUGCAAUGUUUUCUAUGUUUCUGCUGUUUAUCGGUAGCAUAUGCCCUGAGAGUGAAUCUCUCAGUGGCCAUUGUAGCGAUGACGGAUAAAAAUGCUUCCAAUAUGAAUUUUGAGGAAUUCGAGUGGGAUGAACAAAAAAAAUCACUCCUAUUGAGUAGCUUCUUUUGGGGCUAUGUUAUCACUCAAAUACCUGGUGGUCAAAUAGCCCAACGUUAUGGCGCCAAAUUUGUUCUUCUCUUCGGAAUCUUGACAUGCUCUUUAAUGGCAUGUCUAACUCCUAUUUGCGCCUCUUUCGGUGGAUGGAGACUAGUUUUUGUACUGCGUGUCAUUCAAGGCAUGGUCCAAGGAUGUGUUCAUCCUGCAACGCAUGCAAUGUUGGCCAAAUGGGCGCCAGUUGAAGAACGUGGAGCAUUGGGAACCUAUUGUUAUUCAGGAUCACAAUUCGGAACUGUCGUUAUGCUUGCCACUAGUGGUUAUAUAGCUCAAUCUUCUGCUGGUUGGCCAGGUAUCUUCUAUAUCUCGGCAGCUUGUGGAUUUGUUUGGUCGAUUUUCUGGGUGAUAUUCAGCGCAAGUACGCCAGCAGAUCACAAAACAAUAUCACCCGACGAGAGGAAAUUCAUCGAAACAUCCUUGGGACAAUCGGAAUCUACGCAUAAAACUCACUUGAAAACACCUUGGUUAAGCAUUGCCACAUCCUUGCCAUUCUUGUCGCUCAUUGUUGUACAUUGCACACACAUGUGGGGCUUCUGGACACUAUUGACACAAAUUCCAUCCUACAUGAAGAACAUCUUAGGAAUGGAUCUCAAAAAUAGUGCCUUACUCUCUGCCUUGCCAUACACCGUUAUGCUAUUGCUAAGCUUCUUCUUUAUAUUCCUCUCCAAGAUUGUGGCGAAUAACAAGAAAGUAUCGCUAUCGUUCAAUAGAAAGUUCUUUAAUUCUAUUGGUCAUUGGAUUCCAAUGAUAUCGCUGAUAGCUUUGGGAUAUGUUACAAAGGAACAUACAACAUUGGCAGUUGUCUUACUUACGCUGACCGUGGGUAUUAAUUCAGCGACGUAUUUGGGUUUCCAGGUGAAUCACAUAGAUCUCUCGCCGAACUUUGCUGGCACAUUGAUGGGCAUUACAAAUGGAGCAGCGAAUAUAAUGAGCUCCUUAGCGCCUCUUGCUGUUGGAUUUGUGGUCAAUGAUGAGAAAAAUCCAGGUCAAUGGCGAAUGGUGUUCUUCAUAGCAGCUGGCUUCUAUUUCUUCGGAAACUUACUAUUUGUCAUUCUGGGGAAGACAAAUGUCCAGAGCUGGAACUCUGUGGAAGAUGAAGUUGCCCGAAGACAUUCGAAAAGGCUCAGUAUGCUCGAUGUCGAAGAUGCGGCUCAUGAGUUAAAGAAACCAGAUGUGAGAUAGGGGUUGCCAGCAGUUGUUUAUAAGAAAAGCGUAAAAGACUUUGUUAUUGUUGAUAGGUUAGGUUUUAGAUUACUCGUAUAGAAAAAAAAAGGAAACAAAAAGUUAUAAUAGUUUUAAGAAAAAUCCCCAUAAGAAGACAAUGAGUGGUAGUUACUAUAACUAUCACUCAAAUAAAAAAAACUCAACUAAUGAGUUUUUUUCUAGUCUUUAGUGAAAAAAAACAA